AUGCAUCUUCAACUUGGACAGGUUUCUCAUAUCAUAGUGUCUUCACCUGAAUAUCCCAAAGACAUAAUGAAGACCCAUGGUCAGAUCUUCGCAAACAGACCCAGAACUCUUGCCUCUGAUAUCUUUGCCCACAACAGCACAGACAUCUUGUUUUCCCCAUGUGGAAACUAUUGGAGGCAACUUCGAAAGAUUGGCACUUUAGAGAUUUUUUCAGCAAAGAGGGUUCAAUCAUUCAGAAGGAUUAGGGAAGAGGAGGUAUCAGAACUUGUGAGGAACAUCGCUGAACAUGAAGGCUCUUUCAUAAACCUCAGUAGAAAAAUAUUCACUAUCACGAAUUCGAUAGUCGCUAGAACGGCCUUUGGGAAAAAGACAAGGAAUGUAGAACACAUCUUGGAAAAUAUGGAGAAAUCAAUAAAAAUGAGUUCUGGGUUAUCUAUUUGUGAUUUAUAUCCAUCGCUGAAAUUUAUCAGUGUCAUCACUGGCACGAGAGCUCGCAUGAUGAAGUUGCAAAAAGGAGACAAGGACGUCAUGUUUGGUGGAACUGACUCAACGGCAUCUACAGCAGAUUGGGCGGUGUCAGAAUUGCCCAAAAACCCAAAGGCUAUGAAAGAGGCACAAGAAAAGGUAAGAAGAAUUUAUGGAGGCAAAGGAUAUGUAGACGAAUCAGAACUUCACCAACUAAAAUAUUUAAGUGCUGUCAUUAAGGAAACCCUAAGGUUAUGUUCACCUGGGCCAUUGUUAGGUCCAAGAGAAAAUUAUGAGAGUUGCGAAAGUAAUGGAUUUAUGAUACCUCCUAAGACAAAGAUUAUCAUUAAUGCUUGGACCAUUGGAAGAGAUUCCAAGAAUUGGACUGACCCAGAGAAGUUUGAACCAAAGAGGAUUCUUGAUACAAUGGUUGAAUACGACUUCAAAGUUUCAAACUUUGACUCUAUUCCAUUUGGUGCUGGAAGAAGAAUAUGUCGUGGAUCAACAUUUGCGACAUCUAUUUUAGAGUUGUUACUUUCCAAUUUACAUGGCCAUUUUAACUGGAAACUACCAAACGGCAUGAAAUUUAAGGAAUUGGACAUGGAGCAGCCAUUUGGUGCCGCAGUAAGAAGACAAAAUGAUCUGAUUUUAGUUCCUAUUGGCUAUUCCCCUUGA